AUACUAUAUAAAUAUGCCUAUUUUGACAUCAUCACAAAAGUCCGUAAUUCUCAAAUCGUUUUCACCUUUAUCGGCACACGAUCCAAAUCAAAAUCAACAACCCCCUUAAUGUCCUCAUUAACCCUCACCCAAACACAUACCAACACACACACACACACUUCACAACUCUCAAUUAGGUUUCUACCAAUCACCCCCAAAUGGGCGAAGAAAUCAACGACACAACAGCAACCUUCGAACAAAACAUUUGCAUCAACGACCAUUUACGCGACGACGAGCUCCGAUCAGUCUUCACUAAACUCGAAACCGACAAAGACAAAACCAUAUUCAGUCUCGUAUGCAAGAGAUGGUUAUAUGUUCAGAGCACCGAGCGGAAGAAGCUCUGUGCACGUGCUGGUCCGCACAUGCUUCGUAAAAUGGCUGCACGCUUUACACGUGUUAUCGAUCUUGAUCUUUCUCAGUCCCCAGCGCGUUCUUUUGAUCCUGGAGUUACUGAUUCGGAUCUUACUGUUAUUGCUACUGACUUUACAGAGUUGAGAAUACUCAAACUGCGACAUUGCAAAGGUAUCACCGAUGAUGGAAUGUCCGCCAUUGGAUCUAGUCUUUCUUCUCUACAGUCGUUAGAUGUUUCGUACUGUAGAAAGCUAACCGAUACGGGACUAUCAGCUAUCACAGAGGGCUGUCAUGACCUAAAGAUCUUACACCUUGCCGGUUGCCGCCUUGUUACCGACAAACUUCUAGAAUCUCUUUCUAAAAACUGUCAUGACUUAGAAGAACUAGGUUUACAUGGUUGCACCAACAUCACAGACACUGGACUCACCGCUUUAGUUAACGGAUGUAAACGUAUAAACCAUCUAGACGUAAAUAGGUGCGAUAAUGUUGGAGAUCUCGGAGUUUCCACCAUUGCAGAAGCGUAUUCAACUUCCUUAAAAACGUUAAAGUUGCAGGAUUGUUUUAAACUCGGAGACAAAUCUAUAUUCUCAGUGGCUAACUUUUGUAAAAAUCUCGAAACCUUAAUUAUUGCAGGGUGUCGGGAUAUAUCCUGCAACUCGAUAAGAUCACUAGCUGCUUCUACUCGAAACCUUAAGAUCUUAAAAAUGGAUUUUUGUUCAAACGUUUCAGACGUUUCAUUGAAUUCCAUACUUUCAGAAUGCACUUGUUUAGAGGUUCUUGAUAUUGGCCGCUGUGAGGAGGUGACAGAUGCUGCGUUUCAGGGAUUAGGGAAUUUGAACAACGGAAGCGGUUUGGGUUUGAAGGGUUUAAAAAUCACUAGUUGUCCGAAGAUUACCGUGUUGGGAAUAAGCUUGAUUUUAACGGCGUGUAGGUCGUUGGAACACCUUGAUGUGCGAUCAUGCCCUCGUGUUACAAAAGCUCGUUGUGAGGAAGCUGGAUUGAGGUUUCCUGAAUCUUGUAAGAUUCGAAUUCAAGAUCGAAACGAAAACAGGUGUGUUAUUGCUUAGAUUUUAAAGUUUCUUGUUUGUAAAUAAUUAUUUGGGCGCGGAGGAAGCAUUGCAAACCACAAUUGUAACACCUUUGCUCUGUCGAGAGAAAAUGUUACUUAUUUUAUAAUUUGUAUAAAGAUGAUUAUGAAAACUGUAAUAUUAAAAAUACUGAUAUGCUUUCUUUGUGUGUGAAUAAUAUGAUUUAAGAUGUAA